CGGAACGCGGACGGAGCGCAGUGAGGAGCGUCUCAUUGUCGCUCACGCUCCGCAGCCUCCGCUCCCGUAUCCCGAGCAUCACCGAGCAUCAUCAAGCACCCACGACACCUCGCUCCUCUGCCGCUUUUUCCCGGUGAGAAAACCGUUCUUAUUCCCGGUACACCCGUGAUCCACCGCCCCCCGUGAGGAUGAGCAAUGAGGAUGCCGAGCUGGAGCUGAAAGAAGCCCAGAAAGACGCUCCGGCCGCAACCCCCGCGUCAGCCCCGGGCCCCGCGGACACCGACGCCACGGAGGCCGACGUGAGCGAGACGGACCUGGAGGCAGACACGGAGGCGCAGGAGAAGGCGCCGAUGACCGAGGGGGAGCAGCGGGACAUGGAGGGGCCCGCAACCCCGCUGAGAACAGAGAGUAACGGGGCCGUGAAGCUGAAGAUCCCGGAGGACGAACCGGAGCCAGGGCACUUCACUGGGCUCAACAAGGAGCAGCUGAUGCGGGUGGCGGGCACUCCGGGAUGGGUGAGGACACGCUGGGCUCUCCUUGUUCUCUUCUGGUUGGCCUGGUUGGGGAUGCUCGCUGGAGCUGUUCUUCUGAUCCUGAAGGCUCCCCCAUGUAAAGAACUUCCUGCCCUCAGAUGGUGGAACGAAGGUCCUCUUUUCCAGAUCAGGAGCCUCAAGGACUUCAGUGAGUCUGGAGACAUCAAAGGGGUGGAGCAGCAGCUGGACUCUCUGCUCCAGAUGAAAGUCCGGGCUCUGGUCUUGGGUCCGAUCCAUGAAGAUCCUAAAGAUGAUCCCACAAGUCUGAGCUUUGAGCAGGUCUCUGCAGCCGCCGGCAGCCUCGACCAGAUCAAGAGCCUGGUGCACUCAGCCCACAAGCGAGGUCUGAUGGUGGUCUUGGAUCUGACUCCUAAUUACUCUGGUUCCUCUGGUCCCUGGUUCAGUAACAGCAGUGUGAGCAGUGUUGCCAAGCGCCUCGAGUCUGCUUUAGUCUUCUGGCUGGGGCUCGGGGUGGACGGGGUGAAGCUGGACUCUGUGGACUUGGUCUGGGCUCAGGUCCCGUCUCAGUGGAACGACAUCAGGGCCAUAGUUCAGAAUUGGACCGACUCAAGACCCCAUAAGAGGCUCCUGCUGGGCUCCACCCCCCUCUCCUCCCCCAGUGAUGUCAGUACCCUCCUCGGGGACUCGGGGGUGGACCUUCUCCUGUCCUCAGUCCUGUCCUCGAAGACAGAUGCCAUGGGGCGCGCUCAGACUGUACAGCUGCUCAGCUCCGCCUACAGUCCCGCCCAGCUGCUGUGGAACCUGGAGCCAGCAGAGGGCGCUGUGCCACAGGAUUGUGAUCCCAUGGACCUCAUGCUACUCCUGACUCUUCCUGGGACCGCCCUGAUCGAAGACCGGACCAGGGACCAGGCCGGGAUAAGAGCCACACUGGGAGAAAAGUUUCCCAAAGUGACCCAAGACCAGAACCAGACUCAGGAGGAACCCCGCCCCUCCCCCUGUCCCCUCCUCCUCUCCUCUCUCUCCUCUCUCAGGGCUAAAGAGCGCUCCCUGCUGUACGGGGACUUCUCGCUGGUCUAUAACUCAUCCGUAGUCCUGGUCUAUCUCAGGUCUUGGGACCAGAGUCCUCGGUUCCUGGUUCUGUUUAACUACAGCCCUGACCAAGUCUUCAGUCUCUCCGAUCUGCAGCCUGAGGGGGGCGCUAUGGGGACCACAGGCAAGGUGGUCCUCAGCUCCAAUGCCACAAUCCUGAGUCCAGACUUAGUCCUAGAUCUAAACCAAGGCCAACUGGGACCACAACAGUCUGUGCUGCUCAGGGUCCCACACAGCUAGGUACUCACAGGGAGAGUAUCGUUCUGAAGAGGGCCUGAAUAUGAAGAGUAAAAUAAAAUCAAAAGUCAAACCACUGGGCUCAAUGUAAACAGUACCUAAAAAACAGAAUACGAAAAAUGCAGGGUACUUAAAAUAAAGUUUAGAGAUGGUUUCUGCAGUGGUCAUCUAGACUUUUAUUGAUUCGUUUCAGCUCCAUCCAGAGACCAUUUUCAGGUGAUGGAAGUCCCAGUGUUUCAGGCCAGUUCCAUAUUUGAAAAAGGUUUCUGGAUGGACCUGAAACAUCUUGAUCAAUAAAACAGAAUCUAGAUGACCACUGCUGAAACCAGCUUUAUUUUGAACCACUGGAUGAAUGAGGCAAAACACUGUCUCAUAACCUGAUAUAAAGGGUACCUCAAAGAGUACCUCAUGUCUCCUGAUCAGGGCUGGAUGUCGCCCCAGAGCUCUGACUGUCAUUUUGGCUGAAAAUCUUUUUGUCUCACCUCCGUUUGGAUUGUUUCAGUUUGAUGCAAAAAUGUACUUUUUAAACUCAGAAUUCUGCAGUUGUGCUUCUGUGUUCUGAAUACAGAAAAUAAAACUAAAGAAAGUUAAAGUGGCUUUGGUAAAGGUCGCACUUGGACCACAGAGCGCCCUCACUGCCACAGGUGUGAACUUAUAUUCUGUCACAAUAUGUAUGCAAAAAGUCUUUGUUUUCUUUAGAAACCCAUAUAAUUCCAAAGUAGAAAACAUCAAGCCCUGAUCUCAAAGUAGCUACAGAGUACCUUAAGAGAACCCAGAGUCCCUCCAUGUUCCUGAGGAUUACCUAAAACCUCUGUGUGUGUUUGUGGUGUUUCUGGUCAUGUGACUUGUGUGAUUCAUGUCAAAGCAAAAAUAAAAUCUC